AUGCCAACAACCCCACCGCCAAACUCUCUCUCCUCAAAAGUCGCCCUGGUCACUGGCGGCUCUCACGGCAUCGGCGCCGCAACAGCCACUCGCCUCAACGCUGCCGGGGCAAUCGUCAUUAUCGUUGACUUGGAAGCAACCGCGCACAGCGCACAUGAACUCAUCACUUCCUUGCCUUGCCCGAGACGGGCAUGUUUCGUGGCAGCCGAUAUUACAAAUUGGGCCGAGCUGCGCAGCGUGUUUGAAUCCAUACAGCAGCGGUAUCAGCGCCUUGAUUUUGUGGUCGCCAAUGCCGGCACCAUGGAGCACGAGCCGAUCCUGCAGGAUAGCUAUGAUGCAGAUGGGAAUCUGGAGGCACCGAGGGAGGCGUAUCGGACUAUCGAUGUGAAUCUGAAGGGGAGCUUGAACACGCUCAAACUCGCCAUCCACCACCUCAAGUCCGCACCACCCGAUAGCCCGCGCUCGAUCGUCCUCGUCGCCUCGACAGCAGGGUAUUUUGAUGGUGCGGGGACUCUCGCGUAUACCGCGUCGAAGCAUGGUGUGGUGGGAUUACUUCGCGCCUCGCAAACCGAAGCACAGAAACAUGGUAUCCGCGUGAACGCCGUAGCGCCGAUUUUCAUCACCACACAUCUGACCUUGGGCAUCUCCGACGCUUGGCUGCGCGCUGGGCUGGAGGUGAAUACCCCGGAGGCGGUUGCGGAAGCAAUAGAAGCAGCGCUGCUCUCGACUGAGUCGGGGCACGGUUUUUUGAUAUCUGGCAAGUAUAUUCGCGAAAUGGAGGGCACAAGAAUGGGGCUUUUGUCCUCCUGGGUAGGGCAUGAUGUAGCUGAACAUAUGGGGAAAGCAGGCGAAUUUUUCAACAAUCUCGGUGGAUAUAUCUUACCCGGACCUCGCAAUAAUUGA